AUGACGCUGGAAUCCUUUGGAAACAGCACUGUCAGGCCUUAUACCUUUCUCUUAAGUGGCCUCCCUGGACUAGAGCAUAUCCACAUCUGGAUCUCCAUCCCUCUAUUUUCUAUGUACCUUAUGUCCAUCCUGGGGAACUGCAUGAUCCUCUUCAUUAUCAAGACAGAAUCUUCACUCCACCAGCCCAUGUAUUUCUUCCUGUCCAUGCUGGCACUGACAGAUCUGGGCUUGUCCAUAUGCACCCUUCCCACAGUACUGGGUAUCUUCUUAUUUGGAGCUCGAGAGAUUGACCAUGAUGCCUGCUUUGCUCAGCUCUUUUUCAUCCACUGCCUGUCUUUCCUAGAGUCCUCAGUGCUACUUUCCAUGGCAUUCGAUCGCCUCGUUGCCAUCUGCCGUCCUCUGAGAUAUGCCUCCAUUCUUACCAACAGAGUUGUCAGCAGAAUUGGGCUGGGCUCCUUGGGUCGGAGUGUGGCACUCAUCUUCCCACUUCCUUUCAUGCUCAAACGCUUCCCUUAUUGUGGUUCCCAAGUCCUCACCCACUCCUACUGCCUCCACCAAGAGGUUAUGAAGCUGGCAUGUGCUGACAUUACUGCCAACAGCAUCUAUGGCAUGUUUGUUCUCAUCUCCACUGUGGGUGUGGACUCCAUGCUCAUCCUUCUCUCUUAUGUGCUGAUUCUCCACACUGUGUUGGCCAUUGCCUCCCAGGCUGAGCGCCUCAAGGCCCUCAACACAUGUGUCUCCCACAUUUGUGCGGUACUACUCUUCUACACACCUAUGACUGGUCUAUCAGUCAUUCACCGAUUUGGGAAGCAGUCUCCUCAUUUGAUUCAGGUGGUCAUGGGAUUUGUUUACCUUCUGGUCCCACCCUUGAUGAACCCAAUUGUCUACAGUGUGAAGACCAAGCAGAUCAGGGAUCGCAUUGUCCAAGCCCUUCAUCGCUAA